UUAACCCUGAAUGGACAUACAGGUAUUUUUUUGUCUGGUGUGCUUGCGACCACAUUAAUCAGUUGGUGUCAGACCAACACAUUUCUUGUAUAGAGUGAAUACCUCAUCUCAAAGGGUAUCAGAAGUUGUGGCAAGGAAACGAGUCUGACAGGGAGUGGGAAUCGAAACCAGCCAAUUUCAUGCAGGCUGGCGAGAGGAAGAAAACAUUCCUUACUCUGCAAGAGAAGAUUUUAAACACCAGUGAAGAAAAUGCACUGUGAGGGGAUAGAAAAAAACGAUACUUCCUUAUGCUACAAGCUGUCUAAGAAUACAUUUCCUGUGCAAGAGGAUACAGAGUACGUACUGGGACGACUCGUUGCACGACUGGUCAGGGAAAGUUGCUGUCCCCUUCAAUCUUUCCCACUGACGUGUCCACUCAGAGUUUUCUCAAUGGGAAUGGAACUUAAUGCCACUUCUCCUGGAAUUGAAAUCACAUUCAGGACACCAACGAAUCUAAAAAGAGCAGAUGGUGACUCCUAUGAUGCCGUAAUUGGUGUCAUUAUUGCUGUGGUGGUCCUGGUACUCAUCUGCCUGCUCGUGGUGCUCUUACGCUACAUGUACAGACACAAGGGCACCUACCACACCAACGAGGCCAAGGGCUCUGACUGCGCCGAGACUGCAGACGUAGCCCUCCGGGCCGAUCCGGCUUUGCAGGAUGCCGUGGACGACAGCAAGAAAGAGUAUUUCAUAUGACGCGCCCUGCUGUUUCAGGAGAUUUGGAUCUGAAUGUGAAGUUUGAAUGAAUAUCAGAGCUCGGUGUGCCUUGCAUUAUACUGAGAUGAUUCCAUGGUUGAGAGUACUGUUAAAGCUAUCUAUAUGUUUAUUAUAAUACAUACAUGAAUACGAUUUUAUUUACACUUUUACACUCUAGUGGACCAGAUUGGAGGGAAUGAUCAUUGAGAGUGUCUAAGACCAGACGUGCACAUUGAUUGGUUGAGCUGAUCUUUGUGCACUUGGUGUAAAUCAGUGGGUAAAUGGAGGUAGAGGUGAAACAUGAAAUGACUGUCAAAUAGCACAGCAGGAUAUGAACAGCUGAAGGAAGGACAGCAAGUGGAUCUGUGUCAUAGCAGUGGAGCAAAAAUAAAAAAGCUGUGAUCUUUAUUGCAUGCAGAUAAAAUCUUGAGAUCCGUUCCAGGUUAUUG